AUGGGACGAAAACGUGGUGGCGAUGGCGGUUGCGGGGAGGGAGAGGGAGCACUCAUGCCGAGUGUUCCAACAGGAGCCCUGGACCCUGUUGCACUGGGUUUUCCUCCUCCUCCCGGCGCACCACCUGCUCCAGUUUCAGCUCCACCAGCACCGGGAGCGGCUCCCCCAGGAGGACCACCUGCUGCGCCUCUGCUGCCGCCGCCGCUCGGGGCUAACAUAGGCGGACUGCCAGGCCUUCCUGGGGGAAUACCACCAGGACAUAUGCCAGGGCAGAUGCCUCCAGGCAUGCCGCCAGUGCCUUUGCCACCACAAAUGUUGCAAGGCCACUUGCCACCAGGCGCACCAGGGCGACCAAUGAUGGGAACGAUGCCAGGAAUGCCGCCACCACCUCUUGUUUUGGGUGGCUGUGGCGGCUGUGGUUUGCCGCUGCCCGGGCUGGGCGCGCCGGCUUUGCCCAAGUUGCCCUUGCCAGGUAUGCCACCUCCCGGCUCUUUGGAUUCAGAGUCUUUGGCGCAGAUGAGGUUCCAGCAGGUUGCCACAGAGUACGAGCAGAUCAAAAGUGCAGGGAUUGACCCUCAGGUGCAAGAGCUGGCAGAUCACCAUGGCCUAGAUGAACGCGUAAGACGGGCGCUCAAUGAGGAAAUGAAAAAGCGCAAGGACACGUUCGAAUCAGAUAUGCAAGCACUUUGGGUCGGACUGGAAGGUUCAAAGAAUCCGGCAGGAAUGCUGAUGAUGAAGGUCAAAGACAUGCGCAUGGGCGUAUUCAAGGGGAUGACAGCUCUGACCAAGAAGAUCCAAGAGUUCGCCAAGAGAAACCGCUUGGACGCACAGGCCGCCGUGAAGUUGGGAGAGGUCAUGGAGAAUCGCAGCGAUGUUGAUGGCGACCUCAUGAAGCUGUCCAAGCAUUUGGAACGGUCAAACAAGCCAUCCUCCUUGAUGAUGAUGAUGCUGCGAGACUUGCGCGAUGGAAAGCCUGUCAAGGAUCCUGCGUACGCCGCUGCCAUUGGGAGCAAGGUACAUGAACGAGAACUUCGAGAUUCUGCCAAGGCCCGCGAUAGAAGUCGUAGUCGAAAUAGAGGUGGGAGAGAUGAAGCAAGAGGUGGCCGACAUGACAGGGACCGUGGUGAUCGAGAUAGACGCGAUCGCGACCGAGGCGAUCGUGACCGGGAUCGUGAUCGUCGAGGGGAUCGGGACAGAGGCGGAGACCGUGAGAGAGGUGCAGAACGAGGUGGUGGCCGGCAGCAUGAAUAA